AUGGUUGGGAAGCUAAUCUAUCUCACCAUUACAAGACCAGACUUCUGUUUUGCUGUAAAUCAAGCCAGUCAACAUAUGCAAGCACCAAAGGUUCAUCAUUGGAAUGUGGUGGAAAGGAUCAUGAGAUAUCUAAGGGAGGAUCCUAGUCAAGGUGUUUGGAUGGGUUGCAAUAAGAGAGGCAUGCUCUCUGAAGUAAGAGGCGGCGGGUUUUACACUGCAUUCUCUAGAGACCAGCCGAAGAAGGUUUACGUGCAACACAAAAUCCGAGAGAUGGGGAAGGAAGUUUGGGAUUUGCUAUGCGAUGGAGCUGCCGUUUACGUGGCGGGCUCGUCCACGAAAAUGCCUUGUGAUGUGAUGUCGGCUUUGGAGGAGAUUGUGAUGGAGGAGACCGGAGGAUCAAAGGAAAUGGCUUCACGGUGGCUCAAGGCUUGGGAGAAAAUACAAUGUUGA